AUGUUUUGAUGUUUAUGUUGGCAACAAUUCACCACAUAGAUUUCCUCGUUCACUCGUUCCUGUUUGGUCAAGUCUUUGAGUAGCCUUCGUCGAUUGCUAACGUGCAACGAUGGGGAGAAGACCGGCUCGUUGUUACCGGUAUUGUAAAAACAAGCCCUACCCGAAGUCCCGUUUCUGUCGUGGUGUGCCAGAUGCAAAGAUCAGGAUCUUCGACUUGGGCAAGAAGAAGGCGCGUGUCGAUGACUUUCCGCUGUGCGUGCACCUUGUUUCGGACGAAUACGAACAGCUGUCGUCCGAGGCACUCGAGGCAGGCCGCAUCUGCGCCAACAAGUACAUGGUGAAGAACUGCGGCAAGGACCAGUUCCACAUUCGAAUGCGGCUGCAUCCGUUCCACGUCAUCCGCAUCAACAAGAUGUUGUCGUGUGCUGGAGCUGAUAGGCUCCAGACCGGAAUGAGAGGUGCGUUCGGCAAGCCCCAAGGCACAGUAGCGCGCGUGCGCAUCGGCCAGCCAAUCAUGUCGGUGCGUUCCAGUGACCGUUACAAGGCCAGCGUGAUCGAGGCACUCAGGAGAGCCAAGUUCAAAUUCCCCGGACGUCAGAAGAUCUACGUCUCGAAGAAAUGGGGCUUCACCAAGUACGAGAGAGACCAGUACGAGGAGUUGCGAGAUGACGGCCGUCUGGAGAACGACGGAUGCAACGUGAAGUACCGACCGGAGCACGGGCCCCUCGACAACUGGAAGAAGGUUCAGGCUGAGCUGGCGCAAGCCGAUUAGACUCGAACUGUUCUAUUUGUUUAAUAAAUUUUAUCCGUUUUGAUGGUA